AUGCUAGAUAUAAGCUGGGCGGACAGCAACGGGUGGACCCGGUUGCACUACGCUGCUAACCAAGGUAGACACGCCGACGUCGUAGAGCUAAUAAAUAUCGGUGCAGAUCGGAACAGUGUCACCAAUAAGCGCGAAACGCCGCUUCACGUUGCGGCUGGCAAAUGUCACUAUGAAACGGUUCGAAUUUUAGUCGAACAUGCAGUUUGUAUCAACCGUUACAAUCACAAAGGCGCGGGCGCACUUCACUAUGCGGUCAAAGCUGUAGACAACGAACAUGAACUUUUACCAACAGUCCGGUGUUUGCUAAACGCAGGCGCCGAGGUGAAUCGUGCCGAUUCCCGAGGCUGGACACCGCUGCACUAUUCAGCGCAAAGAGGUCAAACAGAAAUCGUAAAACUUUUGCUUGCCAGUGGAGCUGACGCGAACAUUCAAGGGAAUGGCAAAGAAAUCCCGCUCAAUUUGGCUGCCCGAAAAGGACAGAUGGAUUCAGUUAGAAGUUUAAUUGAUAAAACAACAACGAUUGAUUUCCGAGAUAGUAACGGAUGGACAGCGCUUCAUUACUCGAUCUUUAAUGGUUACGAAAAUAUCGUCACACUAUUGGUCGCCAGUGAAGCAAAUGUGAAAGCUGUUACAAAACAGCAAGAAACUCCACUGCAUUUUGCAGCCAAAAAAGGUCGAAUCGAAUCGGUCAAAUUACUGCUAGAAUCGAAAGUCACGGUUGACAGUCGCGAUUGGCGUGGAUGGACACCGCUUCAUUACGCAGCCAGAAAAGGUCAUAGCGCAAUUGUUUCCCUACUAAUUGACAGUAACGCUAACAUCAACGCAACUAGUGACGAAAAGCAAAGUCCGCUUCACUUUUCUGUUUCCAAAAAUCGCCUGGACAUAUCGACAAGUUUAAUAAAGCACACGGCAAUUGUCGACUGUGCCGACAGCGAUGGCUGGACACCGCUUCACUAUGCAGCCCUGCACGGGCGUCGGAAAAUCGUAGACCUCCUGCUAGAGAGCGGGGCAAACCCAGCAGCGGUUACCGGGGUGCAAGAAACGGCCCUUCACUUUGCCACUCGCAAAGGCUACACCGGAAUUGUUCGACGUUUGCUCCGGCGGCGCUCGGUUUCGGUUGAUCAACCGGAUGGUGACGGAUGGACGGUCCUACACAACGCUUGCAAAUUCGGCCGACUGGCUGUGGUUCAACAACUGCUCGCCGAGGCUGCUGCAAAUGUGAACGCCGUGACGCCCGAAAUGGAAACGUCGCUCCAUUUUGCCGCCCGGGAAGGCUAUCGGGAAAUUGUGGAAUGCUUGCUGGCACACGAAGCCACCAUCAACGGUGGGACUGUGCGAGGCUGGACGGCUCUUCAUUUUGCUGCCUUUCAUAAUCAUGGUGAAGUUGUGCAAUUUUUGCUAGCGCGUGGCGCGCGGGUGGACGCGGUGACGGACGGCGGUAAAACAGCUCGGCAGUUGGCCGAAGAAGCCGCCAAUGCGGAAGUGAUUCAGUUUUUCGACAGUUAGUAUAUUGGAAUGAUAAUUUGUUCGAAUCUG